UUACAGACGUAAAUGUAUGAACGCUCUGUCAUUCCAGCAUGAAGCUCAAAGGAAGGAAUAAGCUGACCAUCGUGGCAACAUUUCUUGGAGUUGUCUUUCUUUUGUCCUGCAUUAGGAACAUCGUGAUGGAAAUGCUGCACCCUUUCAAACUGGAACAGGCUCAAGUGAUACACCGACAAAUGUUACAGUUAGUCUCACACAUGCAGAGAGCUGAACACAGAGUGCCGUCACACCUGCAGAACCGACCCAACAACUCCGGCCGUCCUUGGGGAUACCAUGCAAGGGAUGAUGCUUUCCUCGCUGCGGUAAAGUACCUGAUACACGCUCGCCACAACAUGACCUUGUGGCGCGACCUUGACCUCAUGAAACUGCAAGUACCACAGCCUCUGUCAGAGUUUACCAGCCCCUGUUGGUGGGUGCACAACGUUACACAGAACCACUGCCCUUGGGGCAUGGAACCAAGCAGGGCCCCCCUGGCGGAGAUAGCCAGCAGGAAGGGAUCGGGGGAGACGAGGGUGCUGCGUUGCCUGCCCUACUUCUACAUCAUAGGGCAGGGCAAGAGUGGGACCACCGACCUGUUCAACAGACUGACAAAACAUCCCGACGUUGCGCCCCACGCUAUGAAGGAGACUCAGUGGGUGUGUCGAGCAAGACUAAGGGAAUCGUGUUCUUCCUUCGAGACGUAUCUGAAUCUGCUGCAGAAGAGCGCCAACUUCAUACAGAAGAAGCACAAACACAACACUGUGAAUCCUUAUAUCACAAGUGAUGCCACCCCGGGAUAUUUCUCCUACAUUGACUUUUGGGAUAUGUUGCCUGGCAACGAAGGGUGUACCGAGCCUUGUGUGACCAAUGCUGACAUCAUUCACCAUCUGAACCCUCGGGCCAAGAUCAUCCUGUCACUCAGGAACCCCACAGACAGACUCUACUCCUACUACUUUUUUAAGUCGGCUAUAUUAGGAAGGAUGGUGUCAAAACAAGACUUCCACGACCUGGUCAACAGAGAAAUCGGUAAAUUCAACAACUGUCUGGCGUCGCAGUCUCUCCGGGGAUGUUGUUACAACUACACGAUCGCUAAUUCCCUGACGGAAGAGCUUGAUCUACGACGCGGGAUCUACCACGUGUUUCUGAUGGAUUGGAUGAAAGUGUUCCCUAGCAACCAGAUCCACGUCCAAACGUUCGAGGACUACACGAGUAAUGAAACAAAACAUCUCGCAGAAAUCUUCAAUUUUCUGAAUCUCAAAUCUCUGCCUGACGCGGCUCUGAGCAAGAUCACGACACUGAAAACAGCGGGUCCAAGGAAGUAUGGACGGACAGUUGGGGACAUGAUGGCAGGGACACGUGUCACCCUGGACAGGUUCUAUAAACCACAUAACGAGGAACUUGCAACAUUGAUGGGCAAAGAUUAUUGGUGAUUGGUAAAACGGGAAUAGGGAUAUAUGACCCAAUAUAAUUCGCAUGUGACAAUGUUACUAGGAUGAACACAGUCGCCGAUAUACUGCAAACAUAAGGCCCAAAAGACAACUAUGAUACCAAUGUCAAAUAUAGCAUCAUCGAAUCACAUUUCUUCGUGUCAUUAUUAGCCUCCAUCAAAUAUGGGUAUAUACUUCAUAUUGCCUAGCAGCGCACCGAAACGUCGUACAUAUUGUAAUAAAGAAGUUGAU